UAAGGAAAGACUUAAUCAAUUAUUUGUUAAAAUUUAAUUUCUUUGUAACCAUUUGCCUAUUUACAUGAUGCAUACCUUUUAUUCAAGUUUUCAUUAGAAAAAAAACAAUGAAAAUUGAGUUUGAUUUUACUAUUCUCACACUCUGUAGUCUUGAAGUGGUUAAGGGAAGAAAAUCGAUAACAGGCCACUUAUCCACCUCUAACGUGGGUCAUAUUCCCUAAAACGGUUUAUAUUUAGCUUCAAUGUCCAUAAACGCCCAUUCUGGGUCUUGGCAACUAGAUUUCCUAAUUUCUACAUUUAACUGCAAUUAGACCUUAGAGCUGUUCGCAUCAUUCUGCAUCUAAUGGUUCACCAUAGCCUGAAUGUUUUGUAAGGUCAUUCGCAGAAAGAAUAAUCACUAAGUGCAACGAGGCUCAACUUUAUCCUUGGGGAUUUUUCCUGUGCGGUAAGAGACUGGAUAAAACCUAGUUGCCAGCGCAGUUUCCGCUACGCAGCCAUCAAUGUCCGUAGAUGGCAAGAAAAAAGAAAGAACAGUUAGCCCGGUGACUACGUUUAGGUCACUUAAUCAGGAAAUGAGAAAGGCACGAAAUUUUACAACAAGAUUGCUUUGAAAAAAAACAUUUUAAGACACUUCUUAAGCUUCGUGUCUUACACUCUGCGGAGUGUAAAACGUCAGAUUAACCAUCGCAAAUUCUACGUUAAAGAAUAUAUAUUUCUAGAUGUGGAUUUAAGGGGACGAGCCAGAAACGCAAGCACAUAACUGUUGAGGGGGCCCAAUUAGUGCUGCUUGCCUAGAAAAAAUGUUACCAAUGGAAUCCAAGGGAAUUCAGACCUUCUUCUGUCUGAAUUAUUGCGGUUUUCAUUUUCACCAAAAGUCAUUCUUUCUUAGCUUCAGCCCUUUUUUAUGUCAUGGCUUUUCGACGUUCUGAAUACUAUGCACUUUAUGUGCUCUCCGCACAUUUAUAUCGAACCAACAAAUUCUACUUCACAAUGUAAAGAUUAUCUCUAUUUUGUGUCCACAUCUACCGCUUUUAAAUUCAUUGUUAAUUUUGCAAAAUUACCUCAAUGCAUACAGAGGAAAAAAGCAAUUAUUUCUGCUACUCUUCCCUGAGAUUAAACCUCUAUAAGGUCUGAUAUACUGUUCGAUUGAUAAUGUUUGAUAAUGUUCGACUGAUGAAUUCGUGUUAUCGUCACCUCGCUAUGGUCUAGCAUGAAAUCAUAAAAUCAUCCACGGGACCCUUUUUGAAGGAGACCUGCAUGGGCUGUCAGGUUGCGGAUCCCAUCGCAAUACAGCUUUGCUUCAAAAGUCGUGGUAAAGGCUGGCUUGUACACCCUAUCUGCACAUGGCUACUCACAAAGUCAGCCGUAAGAGAUUAUCAAACCGAUUCGAUUUGUAACUACGGGCGGUCCUUUUGCGAUUUCUAAACACUUCAAUAAUUCCUAUUUCACCUAUAUAAUUUUCAUAAUAGGCUUUAUCAAAGGCAGCGGCUGGAGUGAUCUACAAUAUCAGAAGUAAAUUACAUCUCAUCUGCAAAAUAGAGCUUGCUUUACUCAUUAUUUUCAAGGCAUGCCACAACAAAGUACCACCCGAUUGCAGUUUUUCUAUAAGUAAGCAAUAUCAUUUGACCAAAUACUGCCCAUUAUUUUUAAAACUCGUUAUAUAUCAUGUGGAAAUUUUGAUUUAAUCAGUAAUGAAAGAAAUUAAAAGGAAAUUAACCGGAAAACUGCGGAAACAUCGUCUGAAAACCCGACAUUUCAUUGUCUGAAAUCUUGGUUUGGAUGUCGCUCCGUAAUGCUGACGUUGCAUCUUUGAAACCGCUCUGGUGCAGUAUAUGUUUUGCUUGAUUUCUGCGAGCAAAGGUCAUCCCAUUGAGAUUCUAAUCAACUUAUCUCAACCCCGUUGACUCUCUGAGGCUCUUGUAGCCAGGGUAGAAGGGGCCCAACUGCUAAGAGGCUAAGAGUGCAUGCAGAGUUAGCCUGACCAAUGCAGUAAAAAACCUCCACCCUCGGACAACUCCCAAAGUUUAUAUCUCCAAAAGCACGGACAAAUAUUAAUGUUCUGUUUAGCACGUCUUUCCUGAAUCCAGAGGUCAAUGUAGUAUACAAGUGGCCGAACAACGGACAUCUCCCUACAUCCAACCAUAUCCACACGAAUGUCCGCUGUGUUUUGAGGUGUCAAUGUGCUAUAAUCAGAUAAAUCUGUUCCGUCAAAUUUCUUUAAUAUAAAAAGAGAUAUCUGGUGAAUUCUUAUCUUAGCUAAGGCGUUGUGUAAAGUACUUAGGCCGUCAUUUUUUUGUUAUUGAGCGCUAGACAAUAAUAAUUAGGUCCUGUACUAAGAUACGUUUCUACAUGAUUUAUUUCUUCGAGCAGUGUUGGUUUUUUACAAAAUCAUGCAGCCAGAUCUAUUAAAGUUAUCAUCAUUACAACUUUAAGCCCGUGAACAGCAAAAUACGAGCAAAGGCUACAAAUUUUUCUUUUUCAAGCUCGAUUCAAAGAGAUCAUAACAAAACUUCCUAAUGGUAUGAAAACAGAUUGUAGCACAGGUAAUGCAGGAGGUCUGGCGAAUAAACCAUUGUUGUCAAGAUGAUUGCAAUUAUAUUCCGAAUGCAGGGCCUGUUGUAUAUAGAAUUUGCCGAAAUUGACUUAGAAAAGGUCGCAGUUGUACGAAUGGAUUAGAAGAAAGUUGAUUGAAGAAUCAAAUGAUUUCUCAGCUCAAUAGCAGUGGGGAAAAUUAAUUCACAACGCAACAGGACUUGAUUUAAACAAUAAAGUUCAUUGAGAUCCAUUACAAUUUAAAUGAAUAAGAAAACAGUCGGUGCCCUCAUUGUGGUGAAUGACUUGAAAUGCGAUGGGCAGUCCUCCUUUUCCAUUACGAUGUCCUAACAGCAUGCAAUGCCUUUUAUCCCUGUUGUUUCAGUUUGACCGAGGUCAGUAAGGUAAAGAGAAUGCGAGAGAUUUCUCAACCAUGAGGUUGUUAUUCGCUCAGUGCUGCGUUUCCUUCACUUAAGAGAUGUCACGUAACAUCCUUGUCGAUUCCACUAUAAAACUGUGUACGGAAUGAAGCUGUUAGAACUCAGCGUUAAUACUUGUUCAAUAGCUGGUAUACACUGGAAGAGACAUAUGGGCGUUAGUGACUCGUAUACACUGGAAGAAACAUAUGGGCUUUGGUACAGAUGGGUGAAGUUUGUAAAAUGGUAAAGAAAAGUUCGAGCAGUAGCGAAGAAGGAAGUUUUGCGGUGCUUAAUGGCAACGUCAAAGCAAGAUGCAUACCGAUGAAAAAUGUUCUGAGAAUAAUUGUCCUCAACGGACCAAAAAAUCUUCUCCUACCAUUGGUGGCUCACAAUGGUCAUUCAAAAACCUUAAAAGAAUUCGAAAUUUCUUACUGGGAGACCUUAUAAAAGUUGAUCAAGAGACUGGAAUGGCCAGGCAUCUUGGCCUCGUCUGCAGUUGCAAUAUCUGCUGCCUGGAAGAAAUGCCUAUCGUUGCUGCAGAUGGUUUGCUCUUUCGAUGCGCUGUCAAUGGUGGUUCAUAUAUACCCACGGAAAUUGUUCAUUUGAACGAGCUCGUUCAGUUGCUACAGAGAAAGAUAAAAGACAUAUCGGAAAGAAAGCGAUCUUACUCAGCCUCUUCAAACAACCACAACAAGCAUGAUAGACGACAGAAUACUUGUGACCACAACAGCAACAUGAUGUCAUUAUUUAAAAAUCGCUCCUCUUCAGAUUCAUCUCCGCAAACACCGAGAAAAUGGCGCGACCGAUCUUGGUCAUCCUCGUCUUUAACCAGGAAUGCCUCGUCUCCAACUUUGAAGACGAUGCCACAUUCGAUACUUCUGAAAUGCACUGACAAACAAGAUCCCUCGCAAGAAUGCUGCAUGUCCGAGGUAAUAAGCAUAGAGGGAACUGAAGAAAAAUUGAAACAAAAGUUUGGAGAGCAACUUUCUUGGGUUAAAGAAAACGGACAAGACUUCGUUGCCUUGGAGACGUUAAAAACAACAAGUGAAAUUUCAGCUUUGCUUUGCGUCCUUGCAGAGAGCAAAUCACCGACUUUGAUUCAGUUAAAAGUGAACUGCAGUGAAACAAUAACGGUGUCUUAUCAUUUUUUGGAGAAAUUCAGACAGGAGUUUAUGAUGCUGAAAGUAAACGACAAUUAUUGCAUGUUCAUGGCGCCAUUUUGAACUUUCUGAGUGACUUUCGGUAUAAUCAUCUUUAUUUUGCAUGAGAGGUUAAAGUUUAUAAUGCAUUGAAUGCAAUGCUCUGUAAUAAAUACGUCUAACUUGAUAUUUAGCCCGUAGAUGGGUUAACAAACAGUUAACUAAUCCAUCAUAUUUGUUUAAAAUUUCUUAGAUUUUUUCAAGAAACGGGAUUAUGACCUUGCAGUAGGAGCAAGAGUUUAAUUUCAAUCCGAAAGGGAAACGUUUAAAAAGAGACAAAUUGUCUAGCUAAGCGCAAAAUAUCUAAAAAUAGCGUUUUUUCAAUCGGUUGCAUCUGAAUGAAGUUACAGUUUCUUACAGAUUCUUACAUUGCCAAAGUGAAGAGGCUACCGUCUCCGGGAACCCUGAAACACCAGGCUCCCUUGACAUUUCCGUUGCUGCUUCUCCGAGAAAAAUCUGCCAACAAUUCCCUCACAAAUUGUAAAUAUAGAUAUGGGGAUUUUGCGUUUAAAGUUAUGAUCGAGGGGCAAUUCACUCCAAGAAAAUCUUGUACACCUUUAGUGGAAAUCCUAUUGUUUUAUCUGAAAAUCCCUAGAAAUCCUUUUGUUUUAGGGAAAAUCUCGUACGCUUUUUGCAAGAGUGAAUUGCCCCUCGGUUAAAAUCGUACACUUGAAUUGUUAAAAAGGACAGCCUUGUAUCCUUUUGUAUAUAGUUUUGAAUAAUUAGUUAGUGUUCCAGAAAUACGAUUAUUUCUAAUAUAUUUGAAAUUUAUUCUUGGAGAAGUAAUCAAGUUAUUUCUGUGGAUAUUUGAUCGAUAAUCCUAUUUUUUAUCAAGCCAUAAACCAGAUGUCUGGAAAUUAUAGGUCAAGACGACCCAAGUACAUGAUAAUAGUACAUUGAAAAUAUUUACCAGCGGAAGAUUUGAUGCCAGUUCUAUGAAGAAUUUUCAUCCAAUUAUAGAUUAGAGUUGUUUAUUGACAUUGUGGCAAUGCCAGGGAUUUAUUUGUAGAUCAUCUGUUUUGUCAGGGCUUGAGAGAAGAGGUAGGGGUGCUCAAGCCUCUCUAAAAUUUAUAGAAAUCCUUUGUUUUCAAUUAAGAAUCCCCUCUGUUCCUAUUGUUCACAAGCAAUUGUGCCCGUCCAGUCAUUCUAUCCUUCCCAAGGUACAGGUUUCUACACCAAUUUCGAAGGCAAUUGGUCUACUUUAUCUGAAACAGUAUCAUCACUGAUUGAUUAGAAGCAACCUGUCUAAUAUCACAAAGGGAGGGGCGCUGUGGUCGUGAAUUUCGUUGUUAAGAAACCUACUUCCCACGCACAUAGUUAAACUGGUUUAUAACUACAAAAAAUGACCUUGGGAAAUCACCAUAAAUCUUCUACUUUAAUUCAUCUUCACCUUCAAUGGUAAUUAAUAUUGCUCAGUAAAUACGUCAUUUAAUCGUUUGUAGUCUGACAUAGGCCUUUGGUAAUGACCAAAUUUAAUUUAAAGGUGUUAAGCCAGUCAAAAUCAAAAUUCAGAUCAAAAAUCCAAAACUAAAAAAACCAAACAUUAAUAAAUCAUUCUUGAACAAUAAAUCGGCAUGGU